AUUAUUUCUCAAUCACCGGUUACAUUACAGGAAUUAACAUUGUUUCCAUGAGCGCAAGGUCAUCAUCACAUCCGAAUAAUUUAUGUCAUUUUGGGCGUCCUGACGCAAAUACUGCAACAAAAAAGUUUGCUUGGUUUCCGUGACUCAUAACAUGGAUUCUUUGGUUGGUUAUUCAGGAGGUCGGGAGAUCAAUACAGAAUUUAAAUUCCACAACUUCACAAAUCACAUUGGUAAUUUGAGUGGAUGUUCUAGAGAAAACCGUGUCAACCAAGUAAUUUUUCCUGUUCUCUACUCUAUCCUGUUCUUUGUUGGAAUAAUAAUGAAUGGCCUUGCGAUUCGAGUGCUUUUCCAGAUACCAAGUAAUUCUAACUUUAUCAUUUUCCUGAAAAACUCAGUUAUUUCGGAUUCUCUAAUGAUUAUGACAUUUCCCUUUAAGAUUUUAAGUGAUGCAAGACUUGGGCUUUGGUCGUUGAAAGGUUUUGUUUGUCAAGUAACCUCUGUGAUAUUCUAUUUUACAAUGUAUAUGAGUAUUUUAUUCCUCGGACUCAUCACUAUCGACCGGUACUUGAAAACUGUCAGACCAUUCAACAAGACAACCAAUCCACUCUCGGCGAAGAUUUUAUCAGCUGUGAUAUGGAUAGUUAUGUUUUCAAUUUCACUCCCCAAUAUGAUUUUGACAAAUAAGACACCAACUCCAAAAAAUGUGAAGAAAUGUGCCUUUCUCAAAUCAGAUUUUGGGCUAGUUUGGCAUGAAAUAGUGAACUUCAUAUGUCAAUUUAUCUUCUGGAUAAUUUUUGCAGUCAUUGUAGUAUGCUAUCUUCUGAUAACUAGAGAACUACUUAAAUCCUUCAAAAGAACCAAAAGGGAAAAGACCAAAUCCAGAAAAAAAGUCAAUAUGAAGGUGUUUAUAGUCAUAGCAGUGUUCUUUAUUUGUUUUGUUCCAUUCCACUUUGCACGGAUCCCUUACACCUUAAGUCAAACCCGAGAUGUCUUUAACUGCUCUGCACAGAACACUCUUUUCUACUUGAAAGAAAGCACCUUGUGGUUAUCAUCUCUAAAUGCGUGCCUGGAUCCUCUUAUCUACUUUUUCCUUUGCCGUUCCUUUAGAAAUUCUCUAGCAAUGAUGUGGAAAACAAAGAAAGUGUGUGGCACGUUUUACAUAAAGCCAAGCAUACUGACGCGUUACAGUAAGAGGACAGAUGAAACACAUAUAUAGUAGAAGAAUGGGUGGAAUUUAAUCUGAAGUAGUCCUUUUUAGUUUAUUUGCAGAACUGUUGCUAUUGUAUAUUUUAUGCAUAGUGGAUAAUAAAGAAAAAAAAAAUACGGUGGCUAUUUGACAGGUAAACACAGUGAGAAAAAAUCCAAAGUAGUAAUAUUGAGAGUGUCCCUCCAAAAUCAGGACUGUUUGAGGCCUGCAUAACUAGUAAAUUAUGAAACAUUAUAUUAAUAAUCUUUACCUUAAAAGCUGUCAAACUACCUAAAACAUUUUACAAAACAUAUAGCCAGAUUAUAUACAUAUAGCAUAUAGAAGAUUAGUCACUUAGCGGUUUUCAGUAAAUUCCUUCUUGAAAGCGGACAGGGUCAGUUACACAGCUCCUG